UUUCUUCCUUUCCACUCUAAAAUCUGUAUCCUUGUCCUCCUUUGUCAGGAAAAAAGAUGCCUCGGUAUGAUGACCGUUAUGGUGGAACGCGUCUCUAUGUUGGUCGCCUGGCUUCGCGAACUAGAUCACGCGAUCUUGAGGACAUAUUUGGCCGAUAUGGAAGGUUUCUGGGCUUUUGCCUAACCUGGAGGUCUAUGGUGAGAGGUUGACCUUGGUGGAUUUGGCGAGUCUUUCUAUAAUGUUAUUGCGUGUUUUUAUGGAAAUGGCAAGAAUCUCAAAGUGGUGUUUAGUUCAUCUGUGAGGGCGAAGUAUCAACCCAUCAAUACUUGUGUCAUGAUGGCCUUACUGUUUCUGGCACCUGUUUACGCAGAAUUCGCGAUGUGGAUAUGAAGCGUGACUUCGCCUUUGUUGAAUUUAGUGACCCUCGAGAUGCUGAUGAUGCAAGAUAUAGCUUAAAUGGUCGUGAUGUUGAUGGGAGCCGUAUCAUUGUGGAAUUUGCUAAAGGGGGGCCACGUGGUCCUGGUGGAUCUCGUGAGUAUCUUGGUAGAGGUCCUCCUCCUGGAUCGGGGCGCUGUUUCAACUGUGGAAUUGAUGGCCACUGGGCCAGGGACUGCAAGGCUGGAGACUGGAAGAAUAAGUGUUAUCGCUGUGGUGAGCGAGGCCACAUUGAAAGAAAUUGUCAAAACAGUCCAAAGAAGCUAAGACAUGACAGGACUUAUUCGCGUUCACCUUCUCCUCGCCGUGCUAGAAGUAGGAGCCGCAGUUACAGCCGAGGCCGUAGUGACAGUCGAUCACGGUCGCCUGUGAAGAGAGAACGAAGUAUUGAACAUGUGGAGAGAAGAUCAAGGAGCUCACGGGACAGCAGGAGCCCUAAGCGACGCAGGAAUUCACCACCACCAUCUAAAGGGAGGAAGCGAAGUGUAACUCCAGAUGAAAGAAGUCCACAAGAGAGAGGUAGCCUAUCCCCAAGGGAACGCAGGCAGGUCAAUGGAUCAGAGUAUAGUGGGAGUCCAAGAGUUAAGAGCAGAAGCCCUGUUGAUGAUGCUGAUGGCCCUGGGGAUGGUAGUUACAGAAGCCCUGCUGAAGAGAAUGGGCGCAGUCAUAGCCGUAGCCACAGCCGCAGCCUUAGCCCAAUCCCUAGGGAUGAUAGGAGCCCUAUUGAUGAUGAUGAUAAUCAUGGGUCCCCAAGAGGCAGCGAAUCCAAUUAAAAGCAGCUUAGGUUGCACGUUCUGAUUCAGAGAAUUUAGCACAGACAUUGUAUUGGUAGUUUUGAACCCAGUAUUUUAUUAACUUGGAGAUUGCCAGAUACUUUUUAUUUGUGGUACUUAAUCUUAUUUUGAGCAAUUAUUUUGCAA